AGAGAGAGGGGAGUUAAUUGGCCUCAGAUUUUCUCACUCCCUUUUCAAGUUGGUAACACGAGGCAGCCCAGGUCAGAUUCAGGUCAGCGACGUUUGGGCUCUUUAGUGCCCCUCUGUGAAUACCUCAUUUCUGUAAUAGUUUUUCCUUUAAAAACAGCUCUGCCUUCUUUGGCAGAUGGUGACAUUCCAUUAGCAUAUGGAAUAUUUUUCAAAACACAUCCGAAAGCAUGUCUCUUACGGAGGAGACUGGGCAAAGCGAACGAGUGUCUGAAAAGUAUGUUGGGAGCAACUCAACAUUUAACAGAAGGCCCCACUCCCGCCUUUGCCCCCGGCCUCUCCAUCGUCUCUCCUGGGUUGUUACUGUAACCAAAAUGAGGCAGGAAGAUGUUCCCCAAAGCUUAGUCUGUUAGCUUUACUGGGACUGUCCCAGUACCCAGGGUAGCUAGAGAGAGGCUGAACCCAGGAUGAGAACAUGAUUCUUGGCUUGGGCUGGAUGUUGGCAAACCCACGUGGAUGUGGCUUUGGGGCGGUGACGGAUACCUUGUGCACUGAGCACCUACUAUGUGCCAACUAUGUGCCAGAUGCUGUGGGUAACAUACAUUAUUGUCAUUCCUGCUGAAAUCCAUCUAGCACACAGCGAGCAUGUGUCAGGGUAUGUCACCACCCUGCCCAGCACUCCCCAGUGGCUGCCACUAUGCUUAGAAUCAAGUUCAAACUCCUUGUUAUGGUCUUCAGUAACCUCAGCCCCCCUCUUCCAUGUCAUUUUAUGUCCAGUUUUUCUUUCUCACUCCCACUCCGCGACAUGAGCUUUCUUUCCGUUCUUGUUACGACUUCAGGGCCUUUGCACGCACUGCAUGCGUUUCCCCAGCUCUUUGCAUUGCUGCCUCCUCAUCAUUCAGGUCUCAGCCAAAGUACCGCCUCCCCAGAGGAGACUUCUCUGACCAGACGAUCUAAGUUAUCCCAUGUUCCCCCACUGCGUCCUGCAUUCCAUUUACUCCAUAGUACUCACCAUUACUUUAUUUGUCGACUUGUAUUUAUUCAAGACACAUUUACUGAAGGCCUACUAUGUGCUGGGUUCUAAGCUAGGCAGUGACAAAAUGGACAACUAUUCCCGCCUCCAGGAAGCCUACAUGAUGACACCGCAAGGCAGAUGGGAAACGUGCCAUGUUUCUGACUUCCCUUACCAGAAAUGUAGCCUUAAGAACCAGGACCGAGCGACGGCCUCCCUUCGCUCUCCAUGCCCGCUCUCUGGCUGUCCGCCUGCUCCGCUGCCCGCCCCGCCACGUGACGGAUCAGGCAAUCUCCUUCGCCGAGUACUUCCUGGUUGGAGACAUCGCCGCCGCCAUCUCCAAGACGGCCGCCGCCCCGAUCAAGCGGAUCAAGCUGCUGCUGCAGGUCCAGCGCUUGAGCAAGCAGAUCGACGCGGACAAGCAGUACAAGGGCAUCGUGGACUGCAUCGUCCACAUCCCCAAGGAGCAGGGCGUGCUGUCCUUCCGGAGGGGCAACCUGCCCAACGCCAUCCGCUACUUCGCCAUACAAGCCCUCAACUUCGCCUUCAAGGGUAAGUACGAGCAGAUCUUCCUGGGGGGUGUGGACAAGCACACGCAGUUCUGCAGGUACUUUGCGGGCAACCUGGCCUCCGGCGGUGAAGCCGGCGCCACCUCCGUCUGCUUCGUGUACCCCCUGGAUUUCUCCAGAACCCGCCUGGCAGCCAGCGUGGGAAAGUCAGGCACGGAACGUGAGUUCCCAGGCCUGGGACACAGCCUGGCGAAGGUCACCAAGUCCCACGGCGUCCGCGGCCUGUCCCAGGGCUCCAGCGUCUCCGUGCGGGGCAUCAUCAUCUACCGAUUCGCCUACUUUGGCGUUUACGAUACCGCCAAGGGCAUGCUCCCUGACCCCAAGAACACGCACAUCGUGGUGAGCUGGACGAUGGCACGGACGGUAAUGGCCGCGGCCGGCGUGGCCUCCAGCCCCUUCCACACGGUGCGGCGGCGCGUGAUGAUGCAGUCCGGGCAGAGCAGUGACGUCAGGCACACGGGCGCCGUCGGCUGCUGCAGGAAGACCUUCAGAGACGAGAGGCGCAAGGCCUUCUUCAAGGGUGCGUGGUCCAGCGUCCUCCGGGGCAUGGGGGGCGCCUUCCUGCUGGUCCUGUACGAGGAGCUGAAGAAGGUCUUCUAAGGGCCUCAGCGGCCUCCUCCACACGCACCAAGGGAACCAAGAAAACCACGUAGAAUCCUCAACUGUGCGGACCACCGACCUUUGAGAAAUUCCAGUUGUCUUUGUCCCAGCUGGAUCCUGCCUGUAGACAGCCAGGGAAGGCUCUAGAAAAGGGGCGCGUUGUGAUCCA